GGAUGAAGAUUACCUGCAGAAGGUUCAAUGAUGAUGGUCGGACCAUGCAGAAUGAGGACAGGAUACUAAACUUUGUCAUCAAAUGGGGUUGGAAGGAAGGAACCAAAAUCACGUUCCCCAAAGAAGGGGAUGCUGCCCCAGACAACAUCCUUGCUGACAUCAUCUUCAUCCUCAAGGACAACCCUCACUCACACUUCAAGAGGGACGGAACAGACAUGGUCUACAUUGCAAACAUCAGUCUUAAAGAGGCCUUAUGUGGCUGCACCGUGAACGUUCCCACCAUCGAUGGGCGGGUGAUCCCGCUGCCCUGCAAUGACAUCAUCAAGCCGGGGACAGUGAAGAGACUGCGCGGGGAGGGGCUGCCCUUCCCCAAGGCCCCCAGCCAGUGAGGAGACUUGAUUGUGGAGUUCAAAAUCCACUUCCCGGACAGAAUAGCUCCCCAGACGAGACAGACACUCAAGCAGCACCUCCCAUGCUCCUAGAGCUCAGGGACUCUCCUCCAAGCAGUAAUGCUCCAAACACAGAUGCUGCAGCAUCUGGCCCGUGUGUAGCAGAGGUGCCACAGUGCUUUCAAAUGCAAA